AUGCUGGACCUAAGCUUUCUGACAGAAGAGGAGUAUGAGAAGCUUAUGAAGGUUCUGCAGAGAGAUGCAGAGUUGAAGAAAAAAGACAGUGAUCGUAUCAGACGGUUACAAGGCUCUCUCAAGGAUGAAAAGAAGAAAAAGUUUGUGACUGGUGAAUGGUUUAAUGAAGUGAAGGCAAAACGUUUUCAAGAGGAGCUAGAGGGGCCAGACCUGCUUCGAGCAUCCAUUAGAAAGAAAAAGGAGAAACCGGAAAAUGAGCCUAACGAACACAUCCGGCAGAGCCUGGAAGACACAGCAGCUUCACUGCCAUCAGAUGCAACCAGUCCUCUCUUCCCUGAACUCACUCCAGACUUGGGAGCCGAGAGAUCCAGUACAACUGCUUUGGAUUCUUCAGAGAAGCAGAAUACCUGGCCAAAGCCAAAACCAAGACACGUCAUACUGCCACCCUCAUUAAAUGAGAGAUCCAGUGUAAAUGAUGUCUCGCCAGGAGAGAGCAACACUGGAGUAAGUACAACAGACAACUGGCAACUGUCUGAAAAAGGUCAUGAAGUACCUCCGUCGCCUGCCAAGCUCUCAGAAGAGGAUAUGGUUCAGACCAGUUAUUCUUCUGGGGUGGAGGUUCCUGAUGUGCUCAGUGGCACCCCAGCAAUGCAGAACGCUCCCCCCAAAGACACUAAUAUUGCCAGCAAGAUACCAGUCAAGAGGAAAGCAAGCAAAGGCCUGUUCAGGUCAGAGACUCUUGUGAAUCACACAGAGCAGACUGAGGGCAGUCAUGCAAAGAGAGAGUCACUUAAAAGCUCAAAAUUAUUGUCUGGAGAGGAAGACAACAAUCUGGUUCUGAAGCAAGGAGCCAACUAUACCAUCUCUUCCAUGAGCAAUAAAGAUGAGGAAAUCGGCCUAGAUCGUGAACAGUUCAAGAACCUGAGGAACUUUUGGGAGAAAGGUGCAGAUACUGUAGUAGCAGGUAAUGUUUCAGAGGAGUCCUUUGAAAAGCCCAGUGUGGUAGGGUCAAAUGGGAGACCGUUCACAUUGAGUCGCUCUCUCUCUAAUCAGUCUAAUCAAAGCCAAAAUGGUGAAGAAAAGUCCAAUGUCUCCAUGAAAACCAGAAUUCCCUAUAAAAGAACAGUGACCUUGUCUUCUAGUGAAGAUGAACCGUGCUACGUAGCCCAUUCAAGGAAGGGCUCAGCCUCCUCUAUGGCCAGGUCUACAUAUGGCAAGAGCAAAGGGGCCGUGGUUACUAGAAAUAAUUCAUUGACUGAAAGUAAUGGGAGGCAGGAGGAGGAGAGAAUGGCACAACGCUGCUUGAGGAGAUCCAAACUGCCUGUGCGAGUGCCUUCAAUCAAAAUAGAAUCGCCCACAAAAGAGGGGCCCAGCAGCACAUUUGAACCAGAAACGCCUGCAGAUGAGUAUGUCAUGCCUGAAGAAAGCAGGCGCAAGGUGGACUCAUUGGCGAGUAGGAUUCAGAUAUUGAUAGAACCUGUACAUUCAGACAGUGAUAGUGAUAGGGAUAAAAGGUCUGAUUUGGGCAUUCAAGAAAACAUGGAAACUAAUGGAGAGCUCCCUGAGGCUAAGACACGUGAGCCUGCAGACAACCUAAGGUCCAAGGAUCCAGCCAUGGAGAGAGAAGUGAUUCAAGGAACUGACUCAGCUAUAUUCUCAGAAGAUGACGGGGAUCAAUCCCCUGUUGCCAUGGCUCUGGCACGAGCGAAUAGCGUUAAUCUAGCCAAGAGCAUGGUGAACAUUUACACAACCAGUGAGACGUACAAUAAGCCGCAAAUGAUAACUCAUCAACUUCUUGAGCCCGAACGAACCAAAGAGCUGAGCAGAUCCACCCCUGUCCUUCUAUCUGAGACGGAAUCGGACACUGCUUCAGAAAUCAGCUUCCAGUUUAACAGACACAAAAAGACUCCUAGCCUUGGCAGCCACUCCUCUGACAUGGCAUCAGUCUCUUCGGUAAGCGGUAGCGUUCUCAGCGUUUACAGUGGUGAUUUUGGGAGCGUGGAUGCACAAGGGACUGUUCAGUUUGCUCUGGAUUAUGAUGAGAAAAACCGAGAAUUCCAGAUUUAUGUUUCCCAGUGCAAGGACCUGGCUGUGGUGGAUGAGAAGAAAGGCAGAUCUGACCCGUAUGUCAAAACUUACCUGCUCCCAGACAAAGCUCGAAUGGGCAAGAGAAAAACCUCAGUGAAGAAGAGAACAGUGAAUCCCAUUUACAACGAAGUGUUAAGAUAUAAAAUAGAGAAAAUGGUGUUGCUGAUCCAAAAAUUAAAUCUUUCCGUGUGGCACAAUGACCCACUGGGACGUAACAGCUUCUUGGGAGAGAUAGAAAUAGACCUAGCCAGCUGGGAUUGGAGCAACAAGAAACUCAACUGGUACAUGCUGAAGCCACGGAGCCUUUCUGCUAUUAAUGGUGUGGAUCAUCGAGGAGUGAUGAAUCUGUCUAUUAAGUAUGUCCCACCAGGAAGCUUAGGUCCAAAGAAUCCUUCAUCUGGGGAAGUUCAUAUCUGGGUCAAAGACAGCAAGGACCUUCCACAGUUGCGCCCUUCCGGAGUUGACUCCUUUGUGAAAUGCUACGUGCUUCCAGACACCAGUAAGAAGAGUUACCAGAAGACCAGAGUUAUUAAAAGAGACCCAAACCCUGUUUUUAAUCACACUAUCGUGUACGAUGGAUUCCACACAGAAGAUCUGAAAGAUGCCUGUGUUGAACUGACUCUGUGGGAUCAUGAAAAACUAACCAAUCACUUCCUCGGAGGGAUCCGGCUGGGCCUUGGGACAGGCACUAGCUACGGUAUCUCCGUGGACUGGAUGGACUCCACACAGGAGGAAGUGGCCUUUUGGCAGGAAAUGAUGUCAGCCUCCAAUGAAUGGAUUGAAGGAUCGCUGCCGCUGCGCUCACUGGCAGGGAGGAGGAAACUGAAAUGA